AUGGACCGGUUUAUGCUGAAUGAAGGUCGUCGAGUACUCUUCCUCUGCCUCUGGUGCCUGCUCCAACUCCUGAUUUUCUACUUCAGUUUCGAGAUCUACAACCGUUCGACCCGGUACACCCAAGCGCGCAAGACCUUCGGCACAACCCUGGGCAUCGCGCGUGGAUCCGCUGCAGUCAUCAACUUUGAUUGUGGACUCAUCCUGUUCUCGGUCUGUCGGAACCUGAUUUCGUUAUUGCGAUCGACGUUUCUGAAUGAUAUCUUGCCGUUUGAUAAGAACAUCAUGUUCCAUAAGACUGUCGCCUGGUCGAUAGUCGUGUUCUCGGUCGUACAUGUCGUUGGACACUAUGUGAAUUAUUAUCAUCUGGAACAACACGAGCAGCAGCAUCAAGAAGAGCAAGGACAAGCGGGAGCAAGGAGUGCGCAGUACAUGGCUGUGAUGACGGGGCCUGGAGCUACGGGGCAUGCGCUCCUCUUGAUCCUCUUUCUGAUGGUGACAUCCUCCGUUGAGCGCGUCCGCGGAAAGCGCUUCGAAACAUUUUGGUACACACAUCACCUCUUCAUCCUCUUUUUUCUGAUACUCAUGUACCACGGUGCCUUUUGCUUCAUCCGAGCCGAUUCUCCCCCUUACUGCAAGUCCUCCCCGGGAUCCUACAAGUUCGUCCUUGGUUCUUUCUGUGUCUACAUUCUCGAACGCACCGUACGCGAGAUCCGGGCCCGCCAACCUACGACUAUCUCCAAAAUUGUCCUGCAUCCAUCAAAAGUCGUCGAAGUCCAGAUUAAGAAGGAAAGACAGCAGAAUCAACAAGGAGGCGGGGAAUCAUAUUUUCGGGCCAAGGCUGGGCAGUACGUGUUUCUGAACUGUCCGGAUAUCUCGAUGUGGGAGUGGCAUCCAUUCACGAUCACGUCGGCUCCGGAGGAGGAUUAUGUGAGUGUGCAUAUUCGGAUGGUCGGAGAUUGGACAGCGGCGUUCGCAAGGAGAUUGGGGUGUUCGUUUGAUGAUGAGCAGCAGUUCUGGAUCGAGGAAUUGAUGAAUCGGAACAGGGUGUUCGCAACAAGUGUCCUGCAGCCAAGCAUUGAAGCCAUCACCCUCCCACGCGUGCUCCUCGACGGACCUUAUGGUUCUCCUAGCGAAGACGCGUUCAACUACGAGAUCGCCGUCCUGGUCGGUGCGGGUAUCGGCGUAACCCCGUUCGCAAGCGUGCUGAAACAUAUCUGGUACAGCGUCAUGCAGCCGACCAAAAUCAUCACUCUCCGAAAGGUCUACUUCUUCUGGGUCUGCCGCGAUCGCGAUGCAUUCGAAUGGUUCCAAGAUCUACUGAUCGCACUCGAGGAACAGAACAUGUCCGAUUUCCUCGAGAUCCGGUCUUAUCUGACUGGAGAACUUGAAGGACGCGAUCGUGAUGCGAUUACAGGUUUGCGAUCGCCAACGUAUUAUGGUAGGCCCAAUUUUGACAAGAUCUUUGGUGAGCUAGCGCAAGCGCAUCCGAGAGAGCAUGGCCAGGUCGGUGUGUUUUUUUGUGGACCUAAACCACUUGGUAAGACCCUCCACCGCUGCGCGCGCAAGUACAAGUUCAAAUUCCAUAAAGGUAUUUACGAUUGA